AUGGAGUGUUUUAGCCCCUGUGAUGAUGCCCCUGAAAAAGUCACUCAUAUUAUAAAUGAAUUUCAUUCAUGUAAUGAUGAAGAUAUCAAAUAUAUGAUUCUAAAAAAAUCAAUACACUGGAGUACUGUUGAUGAUUUGACACUUUACCUAAAUGAAAUUAUUAUACCCAUAUUUGAAGGAGGUGAUUCAGACCUUAUAGAUUUACUAUCGUUUCAAAUUUUGCCACAUAUAUUUAAAAAUGAUUUGGAGUUAUUUAUCAAUAUUGUAUUUGAACCUUUAUUAAGAUUGUUUGUGAAUCUAAGUGAUGAAUUUAGAAAAUUAUCAAUUUUACAAUGUUUAAAAAAAGUGCUAGAUAUAUGCAUGAAGAAACAUAAAAAUCUAGCUCUUCAAAUCAAAGUUAACAAAAAUUAUGUAAUGCUUUAUGAACAAAUUCUAAAAGUGGAUGAUUUCCAUAUAAACCAUAGAAUAAUGUACAGAGAUAUUCUAAGGCUAUUAAUACAUAUUAUUUAUAAAACUGAAGUUCCAGUUGACUUAAUGAUAAAUAUCUUAAAGGAUACAUCAGGAGAAAGUAAAUUCGAUACUACUACAUAUAAAUUACUAAACGAUUCUUUUGAAUUUGUUAAUUACGGAAAUAUUCUUUCUAUAUCUGAACUAAUCACACUUCCUCAAUUAUCGGUAUUGUCAGAAAAGUGGUAUAAAUUUAAUAAUAUACCUACAAUAUACGAAAAAUUUAUGACAAAUAAUGUUGAAAAAUUUACAAAGAGACCAGAUGAAUUAUACAAUUUUUUAACUAUUAUCUCUAAUAUGAAACCAUUUUUCAUGUUUGAGUCAUAUAAAUCAGGCAAACAUCUAGUUAAUUGGGAGCAUGUUCAAAAGUUAAUAGACUAUCUAGGUAAAAUAAAAAAUCAACUUUUAUAUAUUAUCGAAAAGAGAUCAGGUUAUCCUAUUAACGAUGAGACUAGAUCGAAUGAGAAUCGUAAGGAGUUAUACGAUGUAGAUAUUGCUCAGGAGAAUUAUUUAAACGAAUUACAGUUUAGCAUUAACGAUUUUGAAGAAGAAGAAAAUCCAUUCAAUAUCGAGGACGAUCAUAAUAAUAUUAGAGUCAGUGCUGAAGAGAAUAACGAUUGUUAUCUGUCAAAAAAUGUAUCCAAAAUUGAUGAUAUUCUUCAAGAUCUUAAUAUUUUUGAUCAUUCUGUAACAGGAGAUACAAUUUUGGAAAAUAGUAUGUGGGCUGAAAUAAAACAUUUUAUACACAUGUUACAUACAACCACUGAUUUUAACAAAUUAAAUAAUUGUAUUACUCAAAUAGAAAAAAUCAUCAAAGACCCAUUAUAUAGUACGGUUGGUUCAAAUAUACAUAUUGAGCUAUACAAGGCGUUACUGAAAAGACUAGAAAGAAACAAAGAAUUUAUUAAAGUAAUUAAAGUUGGUAAUAUGAAACAAUCCAUUGAUGAAGGCGAGGAUAUCAGAAUAUCUAUCUAUAAUAUUCUUCUUGAAACGAGCGACAAGUUCCUAUCUUACACUAUAGCAUGUAUGAUAUUAGACACGAUUAUCACAUUUGGUGUUAAGGAACAAAAUAACAGUAUAAUGGUACAAAUUUCGACCUUAUACAAAGCUAUUUUAAAAAAAUAUGAACACAACUUUGAAGGCCUGGAUCCAGAGUGGUUCAAAAAUGAAAUAGUUCCUGGAAUAACAAAUCCUGGUUCAAAAAUAUAUGAUUUAAUAUGGAAUAAUUAA